AGGAACAUCUCUCUAUCUCUUUGUCAAUUGCGCUCUCAGUCUUAUCACAAUCAAAUACAAAUCCAAAACCCUAAUCUCUCUUUUUCAUUCCCUCCUCCGAUUUUAGACGCCGCUUCAGUUUCAAUAAUCCGGUGAUUUUAUCAACCAAGAUCAAUGGAAACUCCAUCAUCUAUUAGAAGAAUCACUAGGUCACAAGCAAAAGCUUCUGUGAUUAACGCUAUUCCUAUGUCCAGGAAGAAUGAAGAAUCAGAAAAGUCUGUAACAAGGCAAAAGAAACCAGAACGAUCUGCACUUACUGAUAUCUCUAACGAUUCCCCAAUUGUUGGUCUUGCUAUGGGAUGUAUGGAAACUCCAUCAUCUUUCAUCAAGAAAUUGGAUCAACCAAAGAAAACUCCUGGAUCUGGUGAAGCUUUACUUCGUUAUCAGGUUAAGAGUCUUUUACAGAAAGUUGAAGAAGAAGCAGAACUUUCUAAACUCACUUUUGAGAAUCGUCCGUUUAUUCAAGGAAUUGCUAAUUCUCCAUCGGCUCUCUUAGCUCCUGCAAAUACACCUCAAGUUUUGAAUCUCUCUUGUAAUGAUAUGAAUAUGAAUGUGGAUGCUAUUAUCUCUGAAAGCCGAGCACAAGUUCAAGAAGAAUCUAAGAAUCACCAGAUGGCUAUUGAUGAACCAACAGGAAAUACUCUUGAAUCUCAGAAGAGUUUGAUUACUCGCUUACUGUUCGAUUUCCCUGAGAAAUUAGAGAGCUCUGAUUCAUCCUCAUCACCAGGCUCAUCUGUAUUGACAAAUGAAGAAAGUAAUGCUGAGAAAGACAAGUCUACUGAUGAAGAUGAUGCUUCUGUUUGGUCUAUUCAAGUCAAUGCAAGUACUAAGGAUGAAGAUGAAGAAGGAGAAAUCGAAGAAGUUGAACAAGAUGAGGAAGAAUGUUAUGAUGAUGAAGAAGAAGAAUAUGAAGAUGUUGAGGAUGGAGGUUUCUUAGACGAUCUGUGUGAUGGUUUGAGUAAGAUCACUGUGCAGGAGAAGAAAUUGCCUGAGUUUGAAGGGAAGCAUACUCGAUUCAUCUACAACAGUGACGGUGAGAUUGAAGGAGAGGAGGAUAUUUCUGUCUCCCCAAGUAAACUUCGCUUGAAGGGUUUGCCAGUACCUGAAGGCAAGCAUUUGCGUUUCCCUGAUGAAGAAUAGGACUGAAAUUCUGCUGGUUGGUUCUUGUGGUGGUGGUGUUACUUGUGAGUGUCUUUCUUUGACACCAUCUUUUUGGGUACUUCUUUAAAAAAAAUUUUGAGUAUUAUGUUCUGUGUUUUAGCAUUUUGUGGGGGUUAGAUAGAUGGGAUUCAUUAAGAAUCAAGGUAUAAUUGAUUAACUUGGUUGUUGAUUGGAAAAUUGAAUUUUAGGGGUUUUAUGAUCAAUUUCAAGUUGAAUUCUGUAACUGAGAACACCCAAGUGUUUUGCCAUAUCUUAUAAGAAAUACAGUUUUAUCUCA